AUGUCGCUCCCCCAGGCCACCACCGCCUUCCUCUCGCACCUCGCCGUGCGACGAAGCACCUACACGCUCGCCAAGACCCCCUCCGUCCUCACCCCGGAACAGAUCCAGACCGUUCUCAGCAAAGUCUUGCGCGAAUCGCCCUCCUCUUUCAACUCCAAGUCUCCGCGACUCGUGCUGCUCCUCGGCGCCGAACACGAUGAGUACUGGGGCAAGACUGUUCCCGAAGCCCUGACUGCCGCCGUCAAAUCUCAAGGAGGAGACGACAAGGCCGUCUCGGGCGCCGUCGGUCGACUUGAAAUGUUCAAACCCGCCUUCGGCACCGUGCUCUUCUUCGAAUCCAAAGCGGUCGUCGAAGGUCAACAGAAGAACAUCCCGCAGUACGCCGAUAACUUCCCCAUCUGGUCGCAACACGCUUCCGCCAUCGCACAGACCAACGCCUGGGUCGCCCUCACCAACGCCGGCUACGGUGCCAACCUGCAGCACUACGGAAACUUGACCCAGGACCAGCUCAAGAAGAAGCACAACUUGCCCGACGACUGGCAGUUCACCGCCGAACUCGUCUUUGGCGCAAAGACCGAUGAGCCCAAGCCCAAGGAGUACGACGAGCAGAAGGAGAACGCUGACCGCCUCAGGGUGUUCGGCGCUUAG